CCUGUGCGCGCUGUCUCCCACCUCCUCCGUUUCUCCCUGCCGCCUCCUCUCCGCUCCCUCGCGGCGCCGCGUCUUUCCCGACAUGGCGAGCAAGGACGUGCCGGCGGACACGGUGGAGGAGCGUGUCAUCAGCGAGGAGUACAAGAUCUGGAGGAAGAACACCCCCUUCCUGUACGACCUGAUGAUGAUGCACGCCCUGGAGUGGCCCAGCCUCACGGUGCAGUGGCUGCCUGAUGUGACCAGGCCAGAAGGAAAGGAUUAUGCUCUGCACUGGCUGAUUUUGGGAACACACACCUCUGAUGAGCAGAACCACCUGGUUGUUGCCAGAGUCCAGAUUCCCAACAAUGAUCAGUUUGAUGCUUUGCAGUCUGACAAUGAGAAAGGAGAAUUUGGUGGCUUUGGAUCUGUGACUGGCAAAAUUGAGAUGGAGAUUAAAAUUAACCACGAGGGUGAAGUGAACCGUGCCCGUUACAUGCCGCAGAACCCCCACAUCAUUGCAACAAAAACGCCCUCUGCUGAUGUGCUGGUGUUUGACUACACUAAACAACCUUCAAAACCAGACCCAAGUGGAGAGUGUAAUCCUGACCUUAGAUUAAGAGGACACCAGAAGGAAGGCUAUGGCUUAUCAUGGAACUCAAAUUUGAGUGGACAUCUUCUCAGUGCAUCAGAUGAUCAUACAGUGUGUUUAUGGGAUGUAAGUGCUGGACCCAAAGAGGGCAAGAUUGUUGAUGCAAAAUCCAUCUUUACUGGGCACUCUGCAGUAGUGGAAGAUGUGGCGUGGCACCUGCUCCAUGAGUCUGUGUUUGGAUCCGUGGCAGAUGAUCAGAAGCUCAUGAUCUGGGACACAAGAUCUAACACCACGUCCAAGCCGAGUCAUGCAGUAGAUGCUCACACAGCUGAGGUCAACUGUCUGUCCUUCAAUCCUUACAGCGAGUUCAUUCUGGCAACUGGCUCUGCUGACAAGACAGUGGCUCUGUGGGAUCUUCGAAACUUAAAGCUGAAACUCCAUUCUUUUGAGUCUCAUAAGGAUGAGAUUUUUCAGGUUUACUGGUCCCCUCAUAAUGAAACCAUUCUUGCUUCAAGUGGUACUGAUCCUCGCCUUAUUAUAUGGGAUCUAAGCAAAAUUGGAGAAGAGCAGUCUGCAGAGGAUGCAGAAGAUGGGCCUCCUGAGCUGCUGUUUAUUCAUGGAGGACACACUGCCAAAAUCUCAGACUUCAGUUGGAAUCCUAACGAGCCUUGGGUAAUCUGUUCUGUAUCAGAGGACAACAUAAUGCAGAUCUGGCAGGUGGCAGAAAACAUUUACAGUGAUGAAGAAGUAGAGAUAACAGCAGCCGAACUGGAAGCUUAAGGAAUGUAACUUUUCUUCUUUAAGGAACUACUGGAAAUGACAGUCAAAUUCUAUUAUUACUGUAUAUAUAAAGGCCUGGGGAAAAAAGAACCAAAACCAAAUAGCAAACCAAAACCUCACAAUCAGUGAGCAGAAGCAUUACAGAAAAGAAGACUAUUCCUAAUCAAAUUAAGCAAAAAACUUGUAUGAUCAAGUUGUCAUGGGAUACCCUUGGAUUUGUGGGCACUUUGAGCUGCUACAUACUGUACAGCAAUUAGCUUAAGAGAAAAUAAGAUGAUUUAAUACCUCUGUCUAUAUUUGUAAAUCAACUUAGUGUGUUCCUGUAAAUAAAAUGGUCAUAUCCUCACUCUUCACACAUAGAAACUGUAUAACCCCCCCCCCCCUUUUUAUUAAUGGAUAAAAAGAGCUUUUCACUUCUACACACCCGUUUUGGAUUGGUUUUGCAUAAAUAAAUUAAAUUGGGAAAAAAAAAAGCUUGGCUUGGUUAAUGUGCACUGGUAUAAAUUGAAUGCCUUCUUGCAUUCAGUAAUAGAAUAAAUGUAAUUGCUCCCUGGUGCUAAAGUUAUGUAUUUUUUUUAGUUUAUAACAGCUCAAAGUUUGGGAAGAUGAGAAUUGUCUUCAUGCAGAAAAAACCUGGACUAGAUAACUUGACUUCUUCACAAAGCAAAUGGAUAUAGGAAGAAGAGAGCCAGUAAAUCUUGAGCAAACUCAAGUAACUUCUUUGUGUUUGGGUGGUUAGUGGUUGGAUUUUGUUUGUUUUGGUGGGGUUUAUAUGUUAGUGUGUUGUGGGGUAUUUUUUUGGGUGGUGAUAAAAGCACUGUCCU